UUUGUUUGCAUCAUCUCCACACAAAUACAUUUUAAGAAGUCAGACAUUGUAGACUGGUGUGAUAACCUUAACUUAAGAAGUUUAAUGGAACACUUCUUUUGCAUUUUUGUGGCAAAAUCUACCUCGUUGACCAUUGCUAAGCAUGCUUUCAUUGUAUUUCACAUGACAAGAUAGCUGCUUUAUCACCAUUGAAGCCACUGUCAAAUCUAGCCAGAGACCAAGAAGGGAAGCUAGGCAUGGGGGGAAUUUCUAAAGGACUAAUUUCCAGUUUGUCUGAGAGUUCAUGCAAUUCAGUGGAUCCCCAUCCAAAAUCUUGGUCUGACUUGUAUAUCCUAACAGUAGCAAAUAAUAUGAAUGGAAACAGGACCAACACCAAUUUGAUCCAGCAUGAAAGCAGUCUGUUCUCUAGCUCAUUGUCAGAAAUAUUUAGUAGAAAGCAUAAGAUAUCCUCUUUAUGCAUUCUGAGCGUGUAUGUUCUUGAUGUGUUUGAUCUGCUCCUCUCAGAUUUCCUAAAAGAAGAUACUUUAUUGGACUUAAUGCUUGAUGGUUCGACAGAUAACCCUUUUAAUUUGCCAGUGUAGUGCUCCAAACAUUAAUGGCAAACCUUUAAGGUUGGUUAGACCAUGAGGAAGAACCUUUAGAAUCCCUUGAAGAAAUUGAGGUGCAGACCAUUGGAAAUCUCCUUCCUGACAAAGAUGAUCUUUUUUCUGGAGUAAUGGGACUUGAUACUCCUGCCAAUAGGGGUAAUGAAUUAGAGGAUUUUGACCUAUUUAGCAGUGGUGGGGGCAUGGAAUCGGAAGGUGAUGAUCUUUUAGGUGUGGGUCAAGGAAACUCAGAUAUUGUAGGAGCAUCUAAUGGUUCAAUUGUUGGUGGACACCCUUCUAGAACACUUUUUGUGAGAAACAUUAACAGUAAUGUUGAAGAUUCUGAACUCAAGGCACUUUUUGAGGAUAAUACAUCUGAAAAAGACGUCAAUAAGGGAACGCUGGUGGUUUUCAAUCUUGAUGCCUCUGUUUCAACCAAUGGGCUUCAACAAUUUUUGUGUUUUUGGAGAAAUUAAAGUGUGACAUUGCUGGGAAGCAGAUCAAAAUUGAACCAAGUCCUCUAGGGGGUGUAAGACGUUUUAUGCAACUUUCAGACCAAGGGCAAGAUGAAUCUAGUAAUCUCUGUCAAAGUUCUUUGGAUGACUUGAUGGCAAGACGCGUGGCUGGGGUAAGUGCAUCUGGCUACAUGGAUAAUGGAUCCAGCCCAAUAUUACAUAAUGUUAUACGGUCACCUGUGAAUACAUUUAUUGGACCUAGUCAAAGUUCUAGUGGUCCAACCAUCUUGCCUUCUCCUGCAAAAGUGGCAUCCGUUCACAACCAAUUUAACCUUCGGGAGCCAAACCACACUCUAGAUGUAAUGAAGUUCCAGAACCAGUGCAUUACAAGUUUCCAUCUCCAAUCCUUUCCCGAGUAUCAUGAUAAUUUAGCCAAAAGCCCUCCAUCUAACUCCUCAAGCACCAUUCCGGACAUGGUUAACAGUUUUGUUUCCCAAAUGACUGAUGGACUUGAUAAUAGGAGCAUUCAUGGAGUGAGCCCAAAUGGGCAGUUGAUAGAACCUAAGGGAGGGGUUUUUGGAUCAUCUAGUAAUGGGAGCUGUUUGCUUCAUGGAAAUCAUUAUGCAUGGAACAACUCCAACUCACAUCAGCAGCACCCUUCAAGUGCCAGGAUUUGGCCCAAUUCGCCCUCUUUUGUCAAUGGUGUUCGGCAUAUGCCUGCAUUUCCUAGGGUACCUCCUGUUAUGCUGAAUCCAGCAUCACCUGUACACCACCACAUUGGGUCAGCACCACCGGUUAAUUCACCAUUACGGACAGGCAACAUGCCUAUGCUGGGAAAUCUCCUGACACCUCCAGUUUUCACUUAGGAUCUGUAAGGAAUGUUGGAUUUCCUGGUAGUUCUCCAUCACACCCUGUGGAAAUUGCUUCCUACAACAUUUUCUCACAUGCUGGUGGAAACAAUGGUGUGGUACACUCUCCUUAGCAAAUGUGUCACCUUUUCCCUGGAAGAAACCCUGUGAUAUCCAUGCCAGGUUCUUUUGAGUCUCCCAAUGAAUGUGUGAGAAAUUUCUUGCAGCAUAGAAAUGAAUUGAAUUUUAAUAAUGCUGAUAAGAAACAAUAUGAACUUGACAUUGACUGCAUCAUACACGGGGAAGACAGCAGAACAACGAUGAUGAUAAAGAACAUUCCAAACAAUUAUGUGAAUGAUUGUCCUGUUACACCAGCUAUUUUAUUCUUUAUUUACUUCAUCUUCUAACUUUCUAGUUAUACAUUUGUCAUUUGAUUUUAAUAUUUUUCUUUAUGUUGAAACCGUCAUAUGAUGGAACAUUUUUUCCUUCACUAAGGUCAUGUCUAGUUAUACAUUCCUAACUUCCUAUGGAAAUUUCUUAAUUUUUAGCUUGUUUUCAUAGUUUCACCUAGGAAUAGCCAGUCCCAC